GUGACAUGCUUGCAGGACUUCUUUGGAGAUGAUGAUGUCUUCAUUGCAUGUGGACCUGAGAAAUACCGGUAUGCUCAGGAUGACUUCGUUUUGGAUCACAGUGAAUGCCGUGUUAUGAAGACCUCUUAUUCCCGAUCAUCUGGCAUGAGGCAUACUGGGUCCAAAAGUCCAGGACCUUCACGUCGAAGCAAAUCACCUGCCUCAGUAAAGAGGGGUGGCCACUACUCCAGUGCUUAUUCUUCAUCAAAAUCCCCAGUUAAUGGAACCCCAAGCAGUCAAUUGUCCACCCCCAAAUCUACAAAGUCCUCCAGUUCUUCACCAACAAGCCCAGGCAGCUUUCGUGGACUCAAGAUCACUCCACAUGGUGGAUCUUCUUCCAAUGUGAAUGGUGUACCUGAAUCACUCCAUUGCCAGAGUCCCGAAGGUGUGAAUGGAAACACAUGCUCAGGGUCAUCUACAAUUCUUGAGAAGUAUAAAGUGGGGAAGGUGAUUGGUGAUGGCAAUUUUGCUGUUGUAAAGGAGUGCAUAGAACGAUCCACAGGAAAGGAGUUUGCACUGAAGAUCAUAGACAAGGCUAAAUGCUGUGGAAAGGAACACCUGAUUGAAAAUGAAGUGUCUAUUCUGCGUCGAGUGAAGCAUCCAAAUAUCAUUAUGCUUACAGAGGAAAUGGACACUCCAACAGAACUCUACCUGGUGAUGGAGCUGGUCAAGGGAGGAGAUCUGUUUGAUGCUAUCACUUCUUCUACAAAAUACACAGAGCGAGAUGGGAGUGCAAUGGUCUACAAUCUAGCCAGUGCACUCAAAUACCUUCAUGGUCUCAACAUUGUGCACAGAGACAUCAAGCCAGAAAACCUCCUGGUAUGUGAAUAUCCAGAUGGAACCAAGUCUUUGAAGCUAGGAGAUUUUGGAUUGGCGACUGUGGUUGAAGGACCUUUAUAUACCGUCUGUGGUACACCCACAUAUGUGGCUCCAGAAAUCAUUGCAGAGACAGGGUAUGGCUUAAAGGUGGAUAUUUGGGCUGCAGGUGUGAUCACAUACAUACUGUUAUGUGGAUUUCCACCUUUUCGCAGUGAAAAUAACCUUCAGGAAGACCUCUUUGAUCAAAUACUUGUUGGGAAGCUGGAAUUUCCUUCUCCCUACUGGGAUAACAUCACUGAUUCAGCAAAGGAGUUAAUUAGCCUGAUGUUACAUGUAAAUGCUGAAGCCCGAUAUACAGCAGCACAGAUCCUAAGCCAUCCCUGGGUGUCAGAUGAUGCUUCCCAGGAGAAUAAUAUGCAAGCUGAAGUAACAGGUAAACUGAAGCAGCACUUUAAUAACACCCUACCCAAGCAAAAUAACACAUCUGCUGGGGUUUCUGUCAUCAUGAACACAGCUCUAGAUAAAGAGAGUCAGAUUUUCUGCAGCAAGCCCUCUCAGGACUCUGGUAGAGCUGUAUUGGAGAAAGUUUCUGCAAUUACUGCUGCAGCUGAUGAUCCUCAUGUGGCUGGGUCCAAGACCCUCUUCCCUGCUGCUUCUGAGCCACUCAGAUCCCCCAUGCCGCCCGCCUCAGCAUCUCCUGGGUUUGCUGAGGAUCAGCCUGGUGCAUAGGACCGAUGAAACCAAGUCCAACUGCAGCUCCCUGCAUUCACCAUAAUUUCUCUUCAUUUCACAUGACAGUUUGUUUUCAGUUUGUGUGCACCCUCUCGUGGCGAGCCCAAGGAAGGCUCUGUCAUGGGAGACUGAUCUUCUAACAGUGGGUGAGUGAACAUGCAUUCUGAGUGCUCUUUGCCCU